AUGAAACCAGAAAAUGACUCACACAUUUCAGAAUUCAUUCUUUUGGGAUUUUCAGAUGACCCAGAACUGCAGCCCCUAUUAUUUGUGCUUUUCCUGUCCAUGUACCUGAUCACUGUCUUUGGGAACCUGCUCAUUAUUCUGGCUGUCGGCUCAGACUCCCACCUCCACACGCCCAUGUACUUCUUCCUGUCCAACCUGUCCUUUGUGGACAUCUGCUACACCUCCACUACCAUCCCCAAGAUGCUGGUGAAUAUAGAGAGGGAACGUAAAGUCAUCACGUAUGAAGGCUGCAUGACUCAGAUGUACUUUGUCAUAGUUUUUGGUGUGUUAGAUGACUUCCUUCUGACUGUGAUGGCCUAUGACCGCUUUGUGGCCAUCUGCCACCCUCUACACUACAUGACCAUCAUGAGCCCCAGGCUCUGUGGACUGCUGGUUCUGGGAUCUUGGAUCAUGAGCAGCCUAACAUCCUUGUUACAAAAUUUGAUGGUGUUGCAAUUAUUGUCAAGUAGAAACGAUUCCCAAACUUCAGAAUUUAUUCUUCUUGGAUUCUCACAAGAGCCAGAGUUGCAGCUUCUCAUAUUUGUGUUUUUCCUCUCCAUGUACUUGCUCACUGUCCUCGGGAACCUGCUCAUCAUCCUGGCCGUCUUCUCAGACCCCCACCUCCACACCCCCAUGUACUUCUUCCUCUCCAACCUCUCCUUUGUAGACAUUGGUUUUACUUCUACCACCGUUCCAAAGAUGCUGGUGAACAUCCAAAUGCAGAGUAGACUUAUAACCUAUGAUGACUGCAUCACACAGAUGUACUUUUUUCUAGUCUUUGGAGAGCUGGACAUCUUUCUCCUGACGGUGAUGGCCUAUGACCGCUUCGUGGCCAUCUGCCACCCUCUGCACUACACGGUCAUCAUGAAUCCACGGCUCUGUGGCCUGCUGGUUCUGGGGUCCUGGAUCUCCAUGGUCUCCUUAUUUUAUUGCACUAGCAUUGGGGUGUAUCUAAGCUCUGCUGCCACCCACAGCGCACAGUCAACUUCAACAGCCUCAGUGAUGUACACUGUGGUCACCCCCAUGCUGAACCCCUUCAUCUACAGCCUGAGGAACAAAGACAUCAAGAUGGCUUUGAAAACAUUCUUUGUGAAGGACAUGCAAAAAUGA